AUGUCGUCACCAGAUGCGCGAGAUGCACGCAGCCCAUCGCCGAGGCCUCGGUCGCCCUCACCUGCGGCGCGAUCUCGGUCUUGGUCUCGGUCUCGACAUGAAUCUCCAUCACGGUCGCCGGCGCCAAUGAGGGAAAGACGCCAGGAGGACGGACACGAGCAGAGGUCGCCGAGGCAGAUUGCCCACCACCCACGAUCACCACGCGGCAAUGACCGCCGCACCGAGCCCAGGAGACGAGACGCAGGAGGAGGAGGAGGAGGAGGAGGAGGAGGAGGAGGAGGAGGUGGUGGUGGUGGCGGCGACAAGUACCGGCCGGCUAAAGCCAGGAAGCAGCGGUCGCCGCCGCCGGUCGCCACCGAGGAGCAGAAGCAGGCGGCUGCCAAGGCAGAGUACGAGAGGCUGCUGACUGCUCGGUCGGGAGGGACGUACGUGCCGCCGGCGCGGCUGCGGGCGCUGCAGGCGCAAAUCACGGAUAAGACGUCGACGGCGUACCAGCGCAUGGCGUGGGACGCUCUCAAGAAGAGCAUAAACGGUCUGAUCAACAAGGUCAACGUCAGCAACAUCAAGCCCCUCGUGCCGGAACUGUUCAACGAGAACCUCGUCCGCGGUCGCGGGCUCUUUUGCCAGAGCGCCAUCAAGGCUCAGGCUGCCAGUCUGCCCUUCACGCCCAUCUACGCCGCCCUGGUGGCUGUGGUCAACACGAAGCUACCGCAGGUGGGCGAGUUGUUGCUGCGCAGACUGGUGCUGCGGUUCAGAAAGGCCUUUAGGCGCAACGACAAGGCCGUCUGCCUGUCGGCCACGACUUUUGUCGCGCACCUUGUCAACCAGCAAGUCGCCCACGAGAUGGUGGCAGGCCAAAUGCUGUUGCUCCUGCUCAACAAGCCCACCGACGAUAGUGUCGAGAUCGCCGUCGGCUUGACCCGUGAAGUUGGUCAGUUCCUCGAGGAGAUGAACGCUGCCAUCGCCAACGUCGUCUUUGACCGGUUCCGUGACAUCCUUCACGAGGCCGACAUCGCUAAGCGCACCCAGUAUAUGAUUGAGGUGCUCUUUCAGACCCGCAAGGACCGGUUCAAAGACAACCCCGCCAUCCGAGAAGAGCUUGACCUCGUAGAAGAGGACGAUCAGAUUAAGCACUUUGUAGAGCUCGAUGGCGAGCUUGAUGCCCAGGAUGGCCUCAACAUCUUCAAAUUUGAUCCAGAAUACGAAGAGAACGAGGCGAAGUACAAGAAACUCAAGGCCGAGAUUCUUGGCGAGGGCUCCGACUAUGAGGACGACAGCGACGAUGAAGGCUCAGAUUCCAGCGACGACGACGAACCCGAGGCUGCAGAGCAGAAGGCGAUGGACAUCCAGGACCGGAGUAAUGCGGAUCUGGUUGCUCUGCGAAGAACAAUCUAUCUUACCCUCAUGUCGAGCAUGGAUCCGGAGGAAGCUGUGCAUAAGCUGAUGAAGAUAAACCUACCUCAGGGGCUAGAGGGCGAGUUGCCAUCCCUUAUAGUCGAAUCGUGCGCCCAGGAGCGCACCUACUCAAAAUUUUACGGCGCCAUCGGUGAACGACUUGCUAAGAUCAACCGCCUGUGGACGGAUUUGUUUGAAAAAUCGUUUGAACACUACUACACAAGCAUCCAUCGGUACGAGACAAACAGGUUGCGCAAUAUUGCCCGGUUCUUUGGCCACAUGUUUAGUUCAGAUGCCAUCGGCUGGCACUGCCUGUCUGUCAUCCACCUCAACGAGGAGGAGACGACUUCGGCUAGUCGUAUCUUCAUCAAGAUUCUAUUCCAGGAGAUAUCUGAGGCUAUGGGAAUGUCCAAGCUCCAUGCUCGCACCAAGGACGCAGCACUCCAGCCCUACAUGGAGGGACUGUUCCCGCGCGACACAGCCCGCAACAUCCGCUUCUCCAUCAACUACUUCACUAGUAUCGGCAUGGGUGUGCUCACCGAGGACUCGCGCGAGUUCCUACAAAACAUGCCAAAGCCGGCCCUGCCCGCUCCUCCCCCCGACUCUGACUCGGAAUCUUCGUCAAGCUAUUCAUCCUACACAGGCUCGUCAUACUCUCGAUCACGAUCACCGUCACCAAGAAGACGUUCAUAUUCACGCUCCCGUUCCCGCUCUGUUACCCCCCGUCGGACCACGAGCAACGGCCGCAACAACGCGCGCUCACCAUCAAGAUCUGUUUCAAGAUCACUAUCGCGCUCUCGCAGCCCUGCACCGAUAAGGGGACGCUCAUAUACCCGAUCGAUUAGCCGUUCACGCUCUCGCCCUUACUCUCGAUCGGUCACACGCUCGCCGACCCCAGCACGCCGUCAAGCACCACCUCAGCAACGAGGUAGGCAGCAUUCCUACACCCCAUCUGACCGCAGUAUCAGCCGUAGCCGCAGCCGGAGCUACAGUCGUAGCAGGAGCCCCCGCGGCAGGUCGUACACGAGGUCGCCUGAUCGCGGUGGCCCGCAGACUUCUACUGCGCCCAGGUCAGCCGGACCGCCUCGAAGGGCAGGGUCGGUCGACAACCGGUCGCCGAUUUCCAGAUCCCCAUCUAGGUCGAGGUCACCGUCACCUCGUCGCCGGCGAGACUCGCCCAGUCGUAGCCCGGUCAGAGACAGGGAAGGUGGUGCCAGGGCAGCUGCUGCCACCGCUAGCAACUCGGAGCCUAGACAAGCUCGGAGCUAUUCCCGUUCCCCCUCCAGGACCAGGUCGCCAUCACCCGCUCCUUCGCGGCGAAGGAGGAGAGAUAGCUCUUCGGAUGCAAGCGCGCCGAGGAAAAGACGUCGGGAGAGCUCGAGAUGAAACCCCUCUUGGCAUCGUGGCAGGGGGUCUAUCUGUAUAGGUUAGCUUAUCGGGAUUCAAGUGUACAGUACAAAAAAACACAAAACAAAAGAAAACUGGAACCUUUCUUUUUCUUUCCCCAUUAACCUCACAGGCUCUAUUUUUUUUGCUGAUUGGGCGGUAGGCGUUAUCAACCGAAGCUAGCUUUAUUCAACCCUGGUCUUCUUUUUUUUGAGAACGCUGUGUUGUUUGUUUUGGG